AUGACUGACUGGACUUGUGCUUCAUUUGAUGAAGCAAAAAAUGUGUUACGUAAAUGGCGUGAAGAGCAUGCUCGUAGAUCAGUGGAAACGGCAGAAUUAUGGGAGCACGUAUUAAGUCGUCAUCCUCGUUCAUUGGGUGAUGAAUUGUGGCUUGUUUAUGAACAGGUUUGCAUAGCAGCAUUAGAUUUAGGUCGAACCGAUCUUGUAAUGGGAUGCAUACAUGCAUUACAAGAAAAAUUUCCACGAAGUAAUCGUGUCCUGAAACUUCAGGCAAUGCGUCUUGAAGCUUUAAAACGGUAUGAUAGCGCGACACAUUUAUACGAACAACUUAUUGAAUCAGAUCCAACAAAUAUGUCAUAUCGCAAGCGAAAAAUUGCAAUUUUGAAAGCACAAGGCAAUCGACAGGAAGCAAUUCGAGAAUUGAGCGAAUACUUGAAAACUUUUAUUUCUGAUACAGAAGCAUGGCUGGAACUUUCUGACCUGUAUUUGCAAGAGGGUGAUCAUCCACAUGCAGCACACUGCAUGGAGGAACUUGUUUUAUCUAGUCCACAUAACAGUUUGUAUUUGCGGCGACUUGCGGAAAUACGUUACACGCAAGGUGGUUCAGAAAAUAUUGAAUUUGCGAAAUCGUAUUUUGAACAAGCUGUUCGAACUAAUCCAUCAUGUUGUCGUUCAUUAUAUGGAAUAAUUUUGUGUUGCAUAAGUUUAUCAUCGAAAAGCAGCGGUCAAAAGAAAAAGGAAAUAAUACAGAGUGGAUUAAUGGCUAUCGAAAAAUUGAGAAGUGUUUAUGAAGAAGCUUCAGAAAAAGGGAAAAAUCCAAAUGUUGCUAUGGAAUUGAAGACAAUAUCAAAUUUGAAAGCACAGUUACAAAAUUAA